AUCUCUCUAUAAAAAAUUCUUUAAAAAAAUUGCCCUUUUAUAAAGAAGAAUAUGAUAGGUAAAAUGAGAAGAACAACAAGCACAACAAGGAUCACCGUUGAUGUGAUGAUCAAUGGAGAAGGAAAACCGUCUGAUCUUGAUCUUGGUACUAAUUAUGGAUUAUAUGGUCAUGAUCAUCGACACGUGUCAUCAAAAUACCACCAUAGAAGUUCAAGUUAUCAAGGUUUUCAUCAUCAUAUAGAAGAAAAAGCUCAUUUCUUGACAACUUGUGGACUUUGUAACCAUCGAUUGACACCUUCUCGUGAUAUCUACAUGUAUAGGGGUGAUACAGCAUUUUGUAGUAUGGAGUGUAGGGAACAACAAAUGAAAAGUGAUAAAAGAAAAGAGAAAUUAAAGCUUCUUGUCCUUAAAAAGAAGAAUGAAAAUUAUCAAAAUUACUCAGAAUUGCCCUUUGCUAACUCUGAAAAUUCUGGCAAGACUAAAACUAUUGCAGCAGCUUGAAGGGUAAUUUUGGAAAAGAAAGGAGAGAAGAGAAGAACAUGAUGUGUAUUUAUUAAUAAUUAAGUAGAAAAGAAACAACUUCAUUUGUAUAUAUUAGUGUAAUUUAAAUGUUUAUAGUGUUAUUUUUCAGGUAAAAGCUUUAAUAACGCGUUCUCUUCA